AAAAGUGAGAGAGAUAUUGCCACGUGGAUGGAAGUCUUAAUGCAGUUUAAUGCUAAUUAAAAAAGGAAAUAAAAAUUAGGAAGACGACAUGACAAUAUAAAUGGUGGUGGAGACCGGCGCCAUUUUUGGGACUUCGUGCCGCCACUUUCUUCCAGAGAAGAAACCAAGUGGAACUGCGUGGACGUCGUACGACCACCCAGUCGACGGCCACGAUCCGUUCUCACAGUUCCAAUCCAUCUCCACGGUCUCUUCAAAAUCCCACCGUCGGUUCCAAAGCGCGGGAAAAAGACCCAUAGCCUCUGUGUAUCACUGCAAACUAACGGUCACGUACACAUCUCUCAGUGGAGGUCGAUCCGGAAGAAGCCGAUAAGGUUACUUUCUUCCUCAAAGUAGCUCUGUGUUUUUCUUUCUAGGGUUUCAGGUCUUCUCUCAUGGCGCCGAGGAAGCGAAGCAAGAAUCAAGAACACGAGAUCGUGGCGGCGGAGGAGAAGCCGGCCCCGGUGUCGUCGAUGGUGACUCGGAGAUCGCCCCGGCUGGCGGUGAACUCCAAGGCUGAUUUGGUGGUGGAAGAGGCUGUGACGGAGUUGCCGAAGAGUAAGAAGGUCAAACGUGCUCCGAAGGAGAAUGGGAAGGCGAAGGAGGUUGGAAAUGAGGGGGAGGAAAUUGAUGCUGCUUCGAAGAAACUAAGCAAGGAUGCGAAGAACAGAACGGUUGUGAUUGAAUUUUGCAAACAAUGCCAAUCAUUCAAGAAAAGGGCCAUCCAGGUGCAAAGUGGUCUAGAGAAUGGUGUUUCUGGAAUUACUGUGCUGCUCAAUCCUAAUAAGCCAAGAAAGGGUUGCUUUGAAAUUCGGAGUGAUGAUGGCGAGAAGUUUAUCAGUCUUCUGGAUAUGAAACGACCAUUUACUCGUAUGAAGGAGCUGAACAUGGAGGAAGUGAUUUCAGAUAUGAUUGAGAAGAUAAAAGGAUGAUGAAGAAAGCCUUUGAUGAAAAAUUGUCUUUUAAGAUGCCAUGGUUUUUUGUGGUGGUUUGGAAGCUAAUCAACCAGAGUAGUAGCUUUGAUGGUGGAAACUUAGCUUAUGCUCAUUGCCAAUGCCAAUGUUGUUGCCUCCUCGCUUGGCAUAACUGCAAUGGUAAAACCAUCAGGUUUGAACAAACAGGGUGGAUUAUUUUUGGGUUAAGAAUCAUUUGUCUUUGAAGAAGGUUGUCCUUUGGAUUGGUAGUGGAAACCUACUCUUACACCAAGAGAGUGGCUCCAUUGCAUCCUUAAGUUACACAUAUUAUGACACAUUAUGAUUCUUUUUGGAACAAGAGAACAGAAGGAUAAAACUAGGGGAGAGAUUCUACGGGACA